CACGUCAAACGUCACAAACUUACUACAACUCGUCAGUGUCUUUGUCUGUUUAGUUUUUUCAUUUCUUCAGUCAUCGUCUUCGAAUACUUCAUCUAUGAGUUAUGUUGUUCAUAAUGUUUAAYUUGAUUGGUCUUAUUGGAAAUGAAGCUUCUUGAGGUUGAAUGAUAUUGAUCAAGUGUUUCACCGAAAACCUCUCUUCAUUAUAUAGUUAAUUUACCACUGCCACAUUCUAAUUGAAAUAGUCUCGAAAUGAAUCAACCAGAGCAAAAUCCUAGAUUACAAGACGUUUGUGAGGAAAUUGAUAAAGCUAGUUCGCCAAAUAAUACAACUUUCCAUAGUUUUAAUAAUACAGGAAUCAUUCCUGAAUCAGUCAUGGAAAACAGUGGUCUUAAUCGAGACCUUUGCGAUCCUGUAAAAUACUUUGAUYUACAACGCAUGAUGGUUGAUCAAAAUAAUAUAACGAUGGCUUUGAAAAUGUCCGAGUAUGAAAAAGCAUUAGCUGAAAGGGAUUACACUAUUAAAUCCUUGCAUACAAAUAUGAUCAAUUCUCAAAAUAAUAACUAUAUUCUAAAUAACCAGUGCAAGAAUAUAAUGGAAAAAACAAAGUCAGUAAAUGAUACCUGUAUCCGCCUAAAUACAAGUUUCACAAAUAUUUGUGAGCGUUUAAACAGACUUGGCGACACUGUAGAUAAUGCAAGAAUCAGACAAAAAGAAGUUAUGACAUUAGUAGAUCAAACUACUAGUACAUUUCAAGAAAAAAUUUUAAGUAUUUCAGAUACUCUUGAUGAGUCAUUAAAACAAGGUAUUAUUGUAGGCAUUAUUAUAUAA